UUGAUUCAAUCUAUACUCAAAAUGAAACUCUUCAUCGCAGUUUUGGCCUUCGUAGUUGCCUUGGCGUGUGCCCAGGAGAACGACUCCAAAUACACAACCCGGUACGAUACCAUCAACCUGGAUGAGAUCCUGAAGUCGGAUCGGCUCUUCAAGAACUACUUCAAGUGCCUCAUCGAAGAGGGCUCGUGCACUGCUGAGGGUAAAUAUCUGAAGACGAUCCUGCCGGAAGCGCUGGAAACCAACUGUGCCAAAUGUAGUGAGAAGCAGCAUGAUGAUGGGAUCCGUGCCAUCAAGUACAUGACCGAACAUUGGCCAGCGGAAUGGAAGCAGCUGAAGGCCAAGUACGAUCCGGAAAAUAUCUACGUGGACCGAUACCUGGAGAAGGCCGAAAAGGCUGAAAUUAAGCUGUAA